AUGGCUUUUCGAAAACGCAACUUAGCAAUCGCACAACCCGGAAUUCAAACCUCGCAGACUCCUAUCCCAGAAAAAGUAAUUCCAAUUCCAGGUAUUCGUCCAUCACCACUCGAUGGUCGUCCAACUACAUCUACAGGUAUCCGUUCUCUCGAUUCUGUACUAGCCGGUCAUGCAGGACUCCCACUUGGCACAUCUUUACUACUUGAAGAGAGUGGAACUACGGAUUUCGGUGGCACGUUGUUGAAAUAUUUUGCGGCGGAGGGUGUGCUUCAAGGACAUCAUAUUCAUAUCUUGGGCAUGCAUCAAGGAUGGGGAAGAGAAUUACCGGGUUUGGGUGUUGCGGAAGGAUCGUCUUCGAAGAAGGAUGUGGAUAGUAAGGCGGCAGAUGAUAAGAUGAAGAUUGCCUGGAGAUAUGAGAGAUUGGGAGAAUUUGGCGCAAGUGGUGCGAGAGAGAGGAAUGCAGUGCAAUCGAGUACAAACUCGUCAGAUCCACCUUCAAUAUUUUGCCACGAUUUCGACCUUAGUAAAAGAUUAAUUCCUCCAUCGUCGACGCAGAUGCACUUCAUUCCUACGAUUCUCAGACCAGACUUUGAUUUCGCAGAUACAACGAGUCAAACAAAAUCUCCUUUUACUCCACUCCUCCAACAUCUCUCAACACAACUCGCCCGAACGCCUUCUACAUCUAUUCACCGCAUCAUAAUUCCCUCCCUUCUGUCACCCGCCCUCUACCCCUCUCACGCUUCCCUUCCUUACCACAUCCUUCCCUUUCUCCAUGCUCUACGAGCCCUUCUUCGUCAAUAUCCAACCAGAUUAUCCCUCAUACUUACCCUCCCCCUCCCCCUUCACCCUCGCACCACUGCACUCACAAAAUGGAUCGAACUCCUCAGCGACGGCGUCCUCGAAAUCGCCCCCUUUCCUUCCAUAGCCAUCAUUCCUAAAGCCGCUCCCACCAGCUCCUCUAAUCCCGCUCAAGAAGAACCUCCACAAGGAAUGUUAAAAAUCCACCGCUUACCGAUAUUCCACGAGAAGGGCGGCGGAAGCGCCGGAUUUGCUGGAGACGAUUUGGCAUUUUCUUUAAGUAGGAGGAAGGGACUUGUUAUUAAACCAUAUAGUUUACCACCCGUUGAAGACGAAGGUGAAGAACAAAAAGGAGGAAUCGAUAUCGAUGGAAAAGGCGGAAAAGCCACUAAAGUCGACAUAGAAUUCUAG